AUGGACCCUAUCGAUCUCUCUUCAUGGAUGGGCAAACCGCCUCAGGGGCCCAAGCCUGUUGGGAAGCCGACUGAGGAUGUGCUCAGUGACAGUUCGGACUCUGAGAAAAUGCAAAGUGCUUCAUCGGCGCACGACAAUUCCAGCAGUGACGGCGAUAUCCUUCACGACGAAGAAGGAGAUGGACCUCAUGAGGAGAGACGCGUAAAAAACAAACAACCUCGAAAGACAGUCUCUGAGGAGGAGGAGAAGGAGGAGGAAGAUCCAGCUGUCGUACUCGUUCCUCGUCUGCAACAGUCUUUCUACAUCGAUAUUCCGAGGCUGUCAGACGAGCGCAAGCAGGAAUACGCAUCUCUUCCGGGACAUUUCUCAGUACGGAGGAUUGUGUCGAAGAACGAUGAGGAUAGCUAUCUGGUCAAGCUGGACAGCGGCGAAAUGAGUCUUGUUUCUGCCCGUGAACUACACGACCUUGAUAACGGAUCGUCGGCCCUUGAAGACUUCCAAGGCAAACAAAUGUCAAAUCGAGGCAGACGAAGCUCCCACAAGCCAGGGUUCACCGGCAUGGUUGACUGGAGUAAGAUCGAGAUGUCAGAAUCCGAGGACGAGUUGCAGUUGCCAGGCAAACGACGUCGCCACGAGCCUGGGGAAAGCGAAGUAUCUGAGAGCGAAGUGGCAGCUAAAUCAUCUGAGCCAGAUGACGAGGAGGCUUCUGAUGAACCCCAAUUUGAGGGAAGACGGUCUGCCCGACUGACCCGGAAACGGAAGCCAGAUUACUUGCAGCAAGACCUACUUGAGAUCGACAAUGACUCCGAUACGCGACCCCGCCGGAGUGGCAGGCGACCUAUGUCCACGCUGAGACCAACGAGGGGGCUCUUACGAUCACAGAGGGGCACUAGAUCCCGGAACUAUGAAUCUUCGCCUGAGCCCGAGGUUGGCACUCGUCGAUCUGAGAGAACACGGUCCAAACCCCAACACAGCAUGCGAGAGCGACAGGAGGAUGAGAUCUCGAGCUACGAGGAAGAGAAGUCUGGCCCGAAAGUGGUCGGUGCUAAGGAGCACUUUGCUCGAAUCUCUGAACAAGACCCUUUCAGAAAACGCCACCGGCAGGAGUGCGACACCUGCUACUUCAAGGGGGAUGAUAGCAACAAAGGACCUCUCGUCUUUUGUCAGGGGUGUACAAACUCGUAUCACAAGGUAUGCCUUGGGCCUAGAGGCAGUCGAGAUCACCUGGUGACGAAGGUGCGCGAAACCAUGUUUGUCCUACAAUGUAGGCGAUGCAUCGGACUUGCACAUGAUCGAGACAAACGGGCGCCACAUCAUGGCAUCUGUGUCGGCUGCAACGUUUUGGGUGAGCUGUCAAGGCCUCUCCGUAUACGUCUGACGACACGCCAGGAGCAACUGCAGAGAGAAGAAAACGGCGGAAAGGAUCCAAUCACGGUGGUUGAGCCAAAACUGAUCGACAAUGUUACCAACGUACUUUUCAGAUGCGCUCAGUGCUUCCGCGCCUGGCAUAUGCACCAUCUUCCUGCACGAGAGACGGCACACUCAUCUCUAGACGACGAAGAUGAGGAAGGGCUGGAUGAAGUGCAACUUGCGCAGAAGCGCUUCGAACACUACCAUCGAUCCUGGAUCUGCAAGGACUGUAUUGAGCACCAAAGUCAGAUUGACGCUCUAGUGGCCUGGCGCCCCGUGGAUUUAGAGGCCUACGUCCCUGGCACGACAGUUGAUCAGAUGCAAGAACGCGAGAAAGAGUAUCUGGUGAAGUGGAAAGCCCAAUCGUACUUCCGCACUACUUGGAUGCCGGGGGAUUGGGUAUGGGGAAUCGCAGCAGGCGCCAUGCGUCUGGCCUUCUUCAAAAAGCAUGAAAACCAACUACCGAAGAUGACCACGGCAGACGCAUUACCCGAAGAAGUGUUUCGCGUUGAUAUUGUGUUUGAUGUGCGCUACUCGAGUGUGGUCCGCAACAGUACCAAGGAGAUCGACCUCGCUCGGGUCAAGGAAGUGGAUAUGGCGUUUGUGAAGUAUAAGGGGCUCGGCUACGAGGAUGCUAUUUGGGAGAAGCCGCCCCCUUAUACCGAUACCGAACGCUGGAACGACUUCAAAGAAGCAUAUGAAGACUAUGUCAAGAAACUGCACCUCUCAAUCCCCCCACAAACCACAUUGAGACGUCACUUGCAGCACGUCCGCUCACAGGAUUUCGAGUCCACCCUGAUAAAGAAGCAGCAGCCGUCCAUCAUGGCUGGCGGUGAGUUGAUGUUAUAUCAGCUCGAAGGCUUAAACUGGCUCACCUACCAGUGGUUCUCAAACCAAAAUGCGAUUCUUGCCGAUGAAAUGGGCCUGGGGAAAACCAUUCAGCUGGUUGCGUUCUUUGCCGCCAUGGUUCAGGACCAUAAAUGCUGGCCUUUCCUUGUGGUGGUUCCAAACUCGACUUGUCCAAACUGGCGGCGGGAAAUCAAGAAAUGGGCUCCUUCUCUACGAGUUGUUACCUACUACGGUUCCUCUACGGCGAGGAAGCUCACUCACGAUUAUGAACUGUUCUCCAAGUCGAAAGACGCACCUGCCCAUCAGCAGAAGAAAAACCGGUCGGAGGCUAAGGACAUCAAAGCCCAUAUUGUCGUCACGUCUUAUGAAUCCAUCAGUGAAGAGAAGACUCGCCAAAGCUUGAUGAGAGUCCCUUGGCAGGGGCUCGUUGUCGACGAGGGACAGCGGUUGAAAAGCGAUCGAUCUCAGAUCUAUGAAAGUCUGUCCAAGUUCAGAUUCCCGUGUAAAGUCCUGCUGACCGGCACUCCUUUACAAAACAACCCCCGUGAGCUGUUCAAUCUCCUCCAAUUCCUGGACAGGAGUAUGAACGCCGCGGAACUCGAGGCAAAAUAUGCCAAUCUCACGCAAGACAAUGUACCAGAGUUGCACCAGACACUCCGGAAGUUCUUCCUACGGCGCACGAAAGCACAGGUUUUAACGUUCCUGCCGCCCAUGGCCCAAGUCAUCAUUCCCGUGAGCAUGUCGACUCUGCAAAAGAAGGCCUACAAAUCCAUUUUGGCCAGAAAUCCCCAGCUCAUGAAAUCCAUCUUCAGUCAGGACCGGACUGUUGCCGUCAGGGAACGAAUGAAUCUCAACAACAUCCUGAUGCAGUUACGAAAGACCCUAUGCCAUCCCUUUGUCUACAGCCGUGACAUUGAAGAAAGAGGAGUAGAUCCUACCAUGGCGUUCCAGAACCUCGUCCAGGCGUCGGGGAAAUUGCAAUUACUAUCAGUUAUGCUUCCGAAACUCCAGGAAAGAGGCCACCGGGUCCUGAUGUUUAGCCAGUUUCUGGACAAUCUGGAUAUCAUUGAGGACUUCCUGGACGGACUCGGGUUGCAACACCGCCGGCUUGACGGCAGCAUCUCGUCUAUCGAGAAACAAAAGCGAAUCGAUGAGUUCAAUGCGCCGAAUUCGCCGUACUUUGCGUUCUUGAUCUCGACCAGAGCGGGCGGAGUAGGUAUCAAUCUUGCGACCGCUGAUACAGUGAUCAUUUUGGACCCAGACUUCAAUCCCCACCAAGACAUCCAAGCACUGUCACGAGCUCAUCGAAUCGGUCAAAAGAACAAAGUUCUGGUGUUUCAAUUGAUGACACGGAACAGCGCAGAAGAGAAGAUCAUGCAAAUCGGCCGUAAGAAAAUGGCGUUGGAUCAUGUGCUCAUCGAACGAAUGGACAAGGAGGACGAUGCUGGCGAAGACCUCGAGUCGAUCCUGAAGCACGGCGCUCAGGCUCUUUUCGAAGACGACUUAGGAACAGAUGACAUUGUCUACGAUUCUGCUUCAGUAGACCAUUUACUGGACCGCUCACAGGUUGAGAAUACCAAGAUCAGUGAGGAGAAGUCGGCUGAAUCGCAGUUCAGUUUUGCUCGUGUCUGGCAAAACGACAAGGCGUCGUUGGAGGAAGAGAUUUCGGCGCCAACUGGUGCCAAUACCCCCAACCCGGGUAUUUGGGACAAGAUCCUAGCAGAGCGUGAAAGACUGUUUGCUGAAGAGCAAGCCAGGAAAGCCGAGGCGUUUGGCAGGGGAAAAAGAAAGCGACUGAUGGUGGACUAUGGUUUGGAUGAUGGCGAGAAGCCCUUGCGUACCGCCAAAGCCACAGCUGGUCCUGAGGAAAUCGGUCCAGACGAUACCGACUAUCAGGAACCGGCGGAGGAAUCACCAGAUGACGAGAUCAGCAGUGAAGAAGAGUCGGGCGUCCAGCGGAAACGUUCGGUCCAAGUCCGGCCAUUCAAACGAGUGCGAGUUCCGCCCGGACAGGCACCGCAUUUCAAUGGCGAAGCCCAGUUCGAUGCCGGUCCGAUCCUGAGCAUGCCGCCGAUACAUCUCUGCUCAGCUUGCGGAGAACAACAUCCCAUGGGCUGGUGUCGUCUCAAGCUGGCCGGAGUGGAAUACUGCGGACUCUGUGGGCUUGCGCAUCUUGGCCAUGGACGAACUUGCCCGCAUCUCAACGACGAGGUCCAGGUCGCCACACUGCUACAAACACUGAAAGAGAGCACCGAGAGCAGAGACUUGAUCGAACAGGCCACCAAGUAUCUGCGCAUGAUACGUGGAGAUCUGCUCAAUCGCAAGCGUGCUCGAGAACGCAAAGAGCACGAGGGGCUUGCACCGCCACUUGCGGCUCGCCCAAAUCCACCUCGACCCAACCCAUAA